UAAAUUUAAAAGUGUUGAAUGCCAUAUUGGAUCUACCGUUUUGAAGUUUAUAAAAAUGAUUUUGAAUUCGUAAUUAGCGACCACGAGUUCUCUGACUUCCAAGUGGCUCCUAAGCUUUUUGAUAGAGAAAAUGAUGUUUUUUUGUAAUAGACGAAAAAAAUAUAAAAUAGCGAAUAUUUUGAAAACUGGAGUAUACUUUAAAAAACGGCUAAAGCCUUUGACUACAGCGAACUCGAAUUAGGUUUACCUUACAGGUACCCAAACGUCCGAUCAAGUGUUUUGCGUGAAAGACUAAAGCCCACCGUCAACAAACUGAUUGAACCUUAAAAGUGUGAUUUUAGACCUGGUAAAUCAACCACUGACGCGAUAUUACAUGCGCCAAAUUUUGGAAAAUACCCAUGAACCGAGAUUUACGCACAUCACCUUUUUUGUCGAUUUUAAAGCCGCCUUCGAUACCACGAACAGAAGUUGCAUCUACGCCACUAUGCCGGAAUUUGGUAUCCCCACAAAACUAGAUAACAAAAGAAGCGCAGUUAGCAUUGGGAAGGACCUCUCCGAGCCGUUCGAUACCAAACGAGGUUUCAGACAGGGUGGUUCUUUGUCGUGUGAUUUCUUCAAUUUGAUGCUGGAGAUAAUAAUGAGAGCUGCAGAACUGAAUGGACAAGGUACGAUCUUCUAUAAUAGUGUAAAACUACAGGCGUAUGCGGAUGAUAUUGAUAUCAUUGGCCUUAACAACCGCGCCGUUAGUUCUGCCAUCAUACAAACAGUCAUCGCUUUCGCGACUUGUUUCUCUCGUCACUGUUGACAGUUGUAACUUCGAGGUCGUUGGUACAGUAUCUGCUGGUGGAAGCAGGAAGAAAUCCACUCAGUUCGAAGGAUCAGGUGGAGAGCGACCUGGUUUCACUUGGUUUUCCAACUGGCGCGAAAGAGCAAAAAGAAGUUAUUUUGAGUUUCGCAUUUGCCCACAACCAGAUGCAAGGCAGGAAUGUUUGGAUCGUUAUUUGUUAAAAAUUAUAACCGGAUCACCUAAUCAACCAGCGCCAAAUGAUCUCGAAACAAGGUUUUAUCCGAGAAAUGGGAGUAGAAUAUAUGAAGUCAUCGCCGCUCUUCCCAAAGGUUUGGCAUGCAAUCAUUGUGUGCUACAAUGGCGGUAUAUCGCAGGUAAUAAUUGGGGAAUUUGCGCCGAUGGAAAUGGUGCUGUUGGCUGUGGACCCCAAGAAGAAUUUCGGGCUUGCUCAGAUAUCGCGUUAUAUGAUAAAAACUCGACUCCUAAUACAUUUGAUCAACCGAUAACUACAGAGCGAAUUGAGGAUGACGAAAACCACAAGGAGUUUACAGAAGGAUUCAAUUAUUCAAAGAUGAUAAUUACGUUGAUUUUGCUCAUUUUGUUUGUCGCCACUGCUACUAUUGCAUAUAUUUUUAGAAAACAAAUUUUAAUCUACAUAAAGUUUUCAAUGAAUUCAAGAGUUCGAAAACGAUAUCCAAUUUCCAUUAGUAAUAUAUCAUCUAGCACGCCCCAGCCCACUGCAACAGUUCCUAUUGAAGAAAAAUUAAAUAUUGUGGAAAAUGAAUCAACUUUGAGACCGCCAGUACCAGCACCUAGAUUAAAAAGAAAAUCUCCGAAAUAGACUGAUACAUUACUACGAAAUAUUUAUAUAUAUAGUUUUAAAAAUAAAUAAUGAACCUUUUUAUCGAUUUCAAACAUAAUUUUAAAAAAGAGUAUGAAUAAUUGUUUCAAAGGCAAGAUCGGUCGAUCGCACCUUUUCUCUUCACUUCAGAAAUCCUCAUCGUACCACUGCUUCCUUUGGCCCAAACUAGUAGUUUCGUUUGCCAUGAAUAUGGAAAAUUCGACUGUGCGCCGAAGAAUCCUUGACAUUAAGUUGGCCAAGCAAAUUUUUGUCAUCGGGAAAGGCAUUUUUGAUCACUUCGUUCAUAUCUCCCAUUGGGGCGUGAUCAAAAAUUAGUGACACGUUGAAGGACUUCACAGAUUGUGGAGAGACGUUCUUUAGCCGGCUUUGUUUCGAAGCGUUUUUUUACUAAAAAAGUACUACAACAAAAGAAAAAUUGCGCUUUGGUUACUAUGACUUUUGCAUAGAAAAAGCGAUCAGUUAACCAAAAUUGAAGGGCAACGGAAAUCUUUCGAGCAGUGACUUGAUCUUUCAUAUACCUCUGAACUUCGAUGAUUGCCCCCGGUGUGCUAGCGUAUUUUGUGCCAAUGUUUGAAACUUUAUAUUGAGAGAUCUGAUGCAGAUCUAAUGAUGAAGCUGUGAGUUGCUCAUUUUGCUGAUUUUCAUCUUCUCGGCUUAUCUCGACAGUGUAGCAGGUUCUUUUUUACAGUAGGUGCUACUGUAUACUCGGAAAGGGCAAACGCUUUAAAUUGUGGAUCAAAUAGUAUCCAUUUCACUGGAAAAAAAUGCAAUCGUAACUGAAUGACUACUAGAAAACUGAUAAUCAGGAUUUGGUGCUUUCACAAACUAGCGGAAUACCUCAUCUUCUAUAAUGCUCAACGGCUGUAAUACCUUUGGUAGAGAGUCAUAGAUUGUCUGUCGUCCAUCUUUGUGGUAUCAAAAUCAGCAUUAUUUUUUUUGUAACCUAAAAAAGUGGUACCUAAAAAUACAAGGAAUAAUUGUUAAACUGAUUAGGUCCAAUUAGUUUGUUAACGGUGGGAUUUAGUCUUUUACACAAAAUGCUCGAUGGGAUCUUAUAUGCGAAAUUAAGGAGGCUAUGGGCGCUGUGGAAUUGCUCUUUUUGGGAUUGGGCAAGGCACACUUAGGUCCCAAUCGUCGGGCAUGCUUUCAUCCGACCAUAUUUUGCAAAGAAAAUGA